AGGCUGCUACACGUCUAUCAAGAUCCUCUAACCACUUAAAGCGCCCGAUUACGCUCACUUUUGUUCUUUGUAUUACUUUCAACAGUGCUACUUUCCUUUUGAUUCUCUUCUCUCUUUUUUUUUUUUAACACUGACUGCGCACCAAACUCUUUUCCAAGGUGCUUGACGGCUACGCAAUUCAAUCCCCAAAGAGAAGAGAGUCCACUUACUACAAACCAUCACGAAUUAUUCAAUUACCCCAACUUUUAUAUAACCAACUCAUUACUUAUUUUUUUGCUUGUUUUCUGCUUAGACUGCCCACUGUUUGGACUGCAGCGUCUUUUUUUUCCGUGUAUGUGUGCUUACGACUAUAUGUCUUUUUCUCGCUGUGCCCUAAGUGCUUCUCUUUCUUCUCACUCUUUGCUUUUCGAGUAUUUACUGUUGUCCGUUGCACGCUGCAGCUCAAAAACAAUAUCAAAUUACCUCGCAAGAUUUGUACCUGUCGCGCUCUCUUUUCUGGUUUCGGUAGGUCUCUUUUAUCUGAUCUCUCGUCAGACACACGGAGUCAUUCGCACUUGCACAAGCGUUAACAAAAGUAGGGACUACGGGAAAGCAGAGGAAAGGCUCCUCAGCCGCGACAUGCCUCGCCUCCUCAGCGUCGCACAGGCGGAGUUCCCUCACACAUUUUCUGCCACCGCCUUUCCGCACUCCCUGCAGGGCCGACGAAACGGGAACGCGCUCGAGGAGGCAGCCAUGGAGGUGCCGUGGAAUGGCAGCGAUGAUGAUGUUCGGUCGGUGGCAAGGAUCAUCACCGCUUCCUUUCUUUCUCCGCAGCAGAGCACUCCCCCAACAGCGUCUGCGUCUUCGCAGCAAAGCCGGCAGAGUCUCUGCAUGGGAUAG